AUGGACACAAGCAAAACCUUGAGAACACUGGAGAACGAUGAUAGUAUAAAUCUAGAAAUUUAUUACAUUGAAGAAUGUGGAGAGGAGAAUGCUAGAAAGUUCUGGGAAUGUGUGUCCCAGGGGCAUAUAUUAGAGCGUUACCCUCAACUCUCUGAAAUCACUGCAGCUCUGAUGAACUCUCUUAAGAGUCAGCCAAAUAAAGAAAAACGAGAAAGAGAUGAGGAUCAAGGCACAGGAAAAGAGAGAGAGGUUAAAAAGAGAAGGACAGAGAGCAACUCUGUGAGUGACCAAGCUGGACCAUCAUCACAAAGCAUUAGCAGCCAGAGGACGACAGAUAAACACGUGAAGAGAGAUCUUCAGAGCUCUCCAGACUCCAGCACAGAAUUGCCGUUUUCUCGUCCGUCCUUGCAUAGUAAAGCAGAGGAUCUCUGGAACAUGGAUAAACACAAGAGAUGGCUUCCUGUCACAUGUGGGAAGAAAAAGGCCUUAUUGGACAGAAAAGCAUUUUAUGACAGUAAGUUACCCUCAGUGUUUAAAUAUCUCAAAGCAGCAUAACCUUCUGUCUCAAGG